AAGAAGCUGGAAGCUGGUUUUGCAGAGUGCAAUCGCUGAGAGAAUGAAGAAGGUUAUGGCUUUUGUGCUGCUAAUGUUCCUUUCAGUGUUAAACUACUCAAACGCCGAAGAAGCUUUCGAUGUUCGCAAACAUCUCUCCACUGUUUCCAGAUAUGGUGUUGUGAAAGACAUUGCUGACAAUAACUUUAUACCUUCUAAUAUUCCUGAAGGAUGUGUUCCAAUCCAUUUAAAUCUUGUGGCAAGGCAUGGAACUCGUUCUCCUACAAAGAAAAGGAUAAGGGAGUUAGAUAAUUUGUCAGAUCAUCUGGAAGUUCUUAUAAGGGAUGCAAAAGAGCGAAAUUUUCCUUUGGAAAGAGUUCCUUCCUGGAUGAAUGGAUGGAAAUCUCCUUGGCAAGGAAGACUUAAGGGUGGUGAGUUAAUUAGCAAAGGAGAGGAAGAAUUAUAUGCUCUUGGAAUUAGGAUUAGAGAGAAGUUUCCAAAUUUGUUUGAUGAGGAAUACCACCCGGACGUAUAUCCUAUAAAGGCAACUCAGGUUCCCCGAGCGUCAGCUAGUGCCGUGGCAUUUGGAAUGGGGCUUUUCAGUGGCAAUGGAAGUCUUGGACCUGGUCAUCAUCGAGCUUUUGCAGUUACAAGUGAAAGCCGUGCUAGUGACAUCCUGCUGAGAUUUUUUGAUUGUUGUCAUAACUACAAGGAUUUCAGGAAAAGACAAGAACCUGCAGUUGAUAGGCUUAAGGAACCUAUCUUGGAUGAGAUUACAUCUACCCUAGUUGGGCGCUAUGGGCUAAAUUUUACUAGGCAGGAUACAUCUUCUCUCUGGUUUUUGUGUAAACAGGAAGCAUCCUUGUUGGAUAUAACUAAUCAAGCAUGUAGUCUAUUCAGUCCUUCUGAGAUUACAUUGCUGGAGUGGACAGAUGACUUGGAGGUGUAUAUUCUGAAGGGUUAUGGUCAAUCACUAAACUACAGAAUGGGAAUGCCAUUACUUGAAGAUGUUAUUCAAUCCAUGGAACAAGCUAUUAAGGCUGAAAAAGAAAGACAUGCUCCUGGCAGCUUUGAGAAGGCAAGACUUCGAUUUGCACAUGCUGAAACCGUAGUUCCAUUCUCAUGUCUGCUUGGUUUAUUUCUUGAAGGAUCUGAGUUUCAAAAAAUUCAGGAGGAACAAUCUUUGCAGCUCCCUCCAAAGCCUCCACAGAAAAGAAAAUGGCGGGGUAGCACUGUGGCUCCUUUUGCUGUUAACAACAUGCUGGUCUUGUAUAGUUGUCCUUCUUCAGACAAAUCCUCAAGCAAGCACUUUGUGCAAGUGCUGCACAAUGAACACCCCACUCCAAUGCCUGGUUGUGAUGGUUCUGAUUUCUGUCGAUUUGAAGAAUUCAAGGAAAAAAUAGUUGCACCUCAUCGGAAGCAUGACUACGAUACAGUCUGUAAUGCAAAUCCAGAGCAGAAGCCCUCGAGUAGCAAAUUCUUUCAAAUAUUUCAGUGGCUUUCGUCACUAGGGAAAGGUGAUAAGCACCCCAAAGAUGAAUUUUAAUUUGUUUCCUGGGAAAGGAGCCUCAAUUCUUACGUUCUUUUUCCUUGGUGGUACCGCUUCCAAACAAAUUUUCAGACAUGAGCACCUAUUCCUGAGAACCAAUUUUACAUAGAUUGUGCUGCAAGUACAGGAAUCCCUGGGUAUCUUACGUUGGGUGCUUGAGCCCUCCUCAUCUGUAGCUUCUAACACUGGAGAAUUUGGAGGUGGAAAGAAGUUGAGUUCUAGAUGUCAUUUUUCGUUUUUCCGUAGUAGCGUGACUCUCAGCACUCAAUUAAUUCCAGAGUGAUAUAGCUUGAUGUGUCAUUUUCCAUGCUCGUCAUUUCAUUUGUACUCUUCAACUCCAGUCUUGUUCUUUUGGAAUAGGAGAUAUCCCAUACUUCUCAGAAUUCUAGUGUUCGCAUUUGUGUGUGUGUGUGUGUGGUUUUUUUUUUU